AAUGCUGUAGGAUGCGAUCAGAAUCCAAUCAAACUGCUACCAUUUUCAGCCACAUGCUAUUUAUCCUGUACCUCACUCCACCAUAAACCACAGGAACAACAUAAUCUGGGGGCUCUCUCUGAUUGCGGUACGGGGUUUGAGAGAGAGAGAGAGAGCUUUUUCAUUUCAUUUCAGCGGCCAGUUUUCAUCGAUAGAUCAAAGCGCCAUCAGAGUCUCUGAGAGAGAGAAAGCUUCGUUAGACAAAGAGAAGAAAAACAGAGAGAAAGAGAGAUGGGUUCUGAAGGGAACAAGAUGAGCGACAGCACGAGCUUCCAACCAUCGGAGCCAAAGCUCUGCGCCAACGGGUGUGGCUUCUUCGGCACAGCGGCGACGAUGAACUUGUGCUCCAAGUGCUACAGAGACUUCCGAAUCACAGAAGAGCAUGCCGCCUCGGCCAAAGCCGCCAUGGACAAGCUGGUUGAUGGGUUUCGUGUGGAGAUCCGUGCUGGGUCGUCGUCUUCGGCGGUUGAAACCGCCGUCGAAUCGUCCGCGGCGGUUGUACGGGCGGCCGGAGUGGAAUCGGUGAAUCAGGCGGAGACGAAGGCGGUGAACAGGUGCUUUUCGUGCAAGAAGAAAGUGGGAGUGUUGGGGUUCAAGUGCAAGUGCGGAGACACGUUCUGUGGGACGCACAGGUACCCGGAGAAGCACGAAUGUUCGGUGGACUUCAAGGCGUUGGGUAGAGAUGCCAUUGUCAAGUCUAAUCCGGUGGUUAAGGCUGAUAAGGUCAAUAGGUUUUGAACUGAACCGAAUCGAACCGGGUUUAGAUUUUGAUUAUGAGUUGGUGGGUUUUUUUUUGGUGGUUGUUUGGGGAAGUAUUAUUAGUUUGGUUAGAUGGGUAGUGGGAAAAGCAGUUUGAUUUUUUUGAUGAUGUUUUUAUUUUAUUUUCUGGGGGGAGACUGUUGGUGUGAAGACAGGCUGGAUGAGGUUGAUGGCUCUACUGGGAGUUGGGGGUUGGUGGUGUAUCAAGAAAAAGUGGUGGCGGAUUCCAUAAUAAAAGUGGAACAUUCAAUUAUUUAGCUGCA